CAAAAGGAGGACAUCAUUCAUCUGCACCUUUGCUCAUUGGCCAUCUCUCUCUCUCUACUCUCUCUCAUCUCCCUCUCUCUCUCUCUCACACACACACACAUUUCAAUACAAAUGUAAGUUUCUUGAAUGCAACAUUAACAAGUUGACUUCACAUUUUGACCUCACUCCAUCCUUCAUACUUUCCUCCAUUGAAGAAAACAGAAGCUGCAAGAACACAGAAAUGAAGGAAACCGGAGAGAUCGAAAGAGACAUGGAGGAGAUAGAACAAGAGAAAAAAGACGAUGAUUUCGAUAGCGUUCAAGUUUCAAAACGACUGCAACCAUGGACUAAACAGAUCACAGUUAGAGGAGUUGCUGCAAGUAUUGUUUUAGGGAGCGUUUACACGGUUAUAGCCAUGAAGUUGAGUCUCACAACAGGGAUUCUUCCGAAUUUGAAUGUCUCGGCUGCACUUCUUGCUUUUGUGUAUAUGAAAACUUGGACGAAAUUACUUCAGAAAUCGGGGAUUUCCACUGUUCCUUUUACCAGGCAUGAGAACACAAUGAUCCAGACGUGUUCGGUUGCUUGUUACACCAUCGCUAUCGGAGGUGGAUUCGGGUCUUAUUUACUUGCGCUGAACAAGAAGACGUAUGAGCUGGCGGGAGGAGCAAAUUCUCCAGGCACUUAUAAAGAACUUCGUAUCGGUUGGAUGAUAGGCUACUCUUUCUUAGUCUGUUUUGCUGGUCUUUUCAUAUUGAUUCCACUCCGAAAGAUCUUGAUUGUUGACUAUAAGUUGAUAUUCCCGAGUGGCACAGCAACAGCCGUUCUUAUCAAUGGAUUUCAUAGUCAAGGAGACAUGAUGGCGAAGAAGCAAGUCAAGGGGUUUUCCAAGUACUUCUCCAUUAGUUUCUUGUGGGCAAUCUUUCAGUGGUUCUUCACUGGAAAAGGAGAAUGCGGAUUUGCCCAAUUUCCAACGUUCGGUUUGCAAGCAUGGAAAAAAAAAUUUUACUUUGACUUUAGUUUGACCUAUGUGGGAACUGGGAUGAUUUGCCCUCACAUUGUGAGUUUUUCAUUGCUGUUUGGAGCUGUGAUUUCAUGGGGUAUAAUGUGGCCACUUAUUGAAAAGCAGAAAGGAGAAUGGUUUCCUAGUAAUGUGCCGGAAAGCAGCAUGGAAAGCCUCAAUGGUUACAAGGUCUUUAUUUCAAUAUCUCUUCUCCUAGGUGAUGGACUCUACAACUUUAUCAAGAUAUUAUACUUCACAUAUGCAAGCAUCUACGGAAAAUUAAAAAGGGAAAACCUUAAUUUAGCUGUAGGUAGCAAGAAUGAAACCACAGAAGACGAACGAAUACAAAACGAAGUUUUCAAUAAAGAACGCAUACCCAUGUGGAUCGCAGUGAUCGGAUACACCUUCUUCACAAUCCUCAACACAUUCACUAUACCAUUAAUAUUCCCAGAGGUUAAAUGGUACUCAAUCAUCGCAGCCUAUAUCAUCGCACCGUCAUUAGCCUUCUGUAACGCUUAUGGAGUCGGGUUAACCGACUGGGACAUGGCCUACAACUACGGCAAAAUCGGGCUCUUUCUAAUGGCAGCAAUGUCAGGAAAACAACAAGGAGUCGUCGCAGGACUAGUCGGCUGCGGUGUGUUAAAAUCAGUCCUUUACGUUUCAAGCACAUUAAUGCACGACUUAAAAACCGGUCACCUCACACUAACUUCACCUAGAACAAUGCUUCUAAGUCAAACCAUUGGAACCGCAAUCGGAUGCAUUGUAUCACCACUAACUCUAUCUCUAUUCACCAAAGCAUUCGACGUUGGUAACCCUAAAGGCGAAUACAAAGCACCAUUCGCUAUAGUUUUCAGAAACAUGGCGAUCAUAGGUGUGGAAGGGUUUUCAGCUUUACCAAAGCAUUGUCUACAACUAUGCUACGGAUUCUUUGCAUUAGCCGUUGGGAUCAAUAUAAUUAAAGAUUUGUUACCAAAAAAGAUAGGGAAAUGGAUGCCAUUGCCUAUAUGUAUGGCUGUACCAUUUCUAAUAGGCGGGUAUUUUGCGAUCGAUAUGUGUGUUGGAAGCUUGAUUGUGUUGUUGUGGAAGAAGCUUAAUGCUAAGAAGGCGGAGCUAAUGACUACAUCGGUGGCUUCGGGUUUGAUUUGUGGUGAGGGUUUGUGGAUUCUACCGGCUGCGGUUCUAUCAUUGGCGAAAAUAAGGCCUCCUAUAUGUAUGAAGUUCUUGAGUUCUUAGAAUGAAUUGAGGAUUUUUAAGCUAUUGUAAUAGAUGCAACUACACUAUCCUAAAUUGUAAAACUAGGGUUUGUAUUGUGAUCAAUAAGAAUAAAGCAAUGCUCAAUUGAUUGUAAUGAAGUAUCAAUGUAAAGAAUUUGGUAA